ACCUGAACGUUAGUCUGCCAGCCGCCAAAAACAAUAGAAGAAGAAGAACCUCAUGGUCGCAUAAUGAUGACGUCGUGCCGUAUGCGCCAAAGCACGCUGUCUACCAGGAGCUGCUGCUUGUAUGUUGUUGUUUUUUAACUCUCUUUUCUUGCUCUGUUGAACUAAUAAGAUGGAGAAGAAAGUUACCGACAAGAAGCCUAAACCCGCCAAGAUGGCCGGCGGCACCGACCCCGUUAAAAACUUUGAGAAAUGGAAGAAAAAAUACAACAAAACCAAAGCUCGAGUGAAACGGGACAGAGCUCCGAAGAAACCCGAGUGGCAGGUGGAGAAGGACUACAUAGAUCGGCUGGUGAGCAGGUACGGAGACAUCAAGCCCAAGGAGGCCGUCAAGUUCUCAGACUUCCCCAUUUCUAAGAAGACCCUGUUGGGCCUGCAGGGGGCCCAGUACAGACAGCCCACGGAGAUCCAGAGACAGACGGUCGGCUUCGCCCUGCAGGGUAAAGACGUCCUCGGCGCGGCGAAGACCGGCUCCGGGAAGACUCUAGCGUUCCUCAUCCCGGUGCUGGAGUGUCUGUACCGCCACCAGUGGACCUCCAUGGACGGUCUGGGGGCCCUCAUCAUAUCUCCCACCAGAGAGCUCGCGUACCAGACCUUCGAGGUUCUCCGCAAGGUGGGCAAGAACCACGAGUUCUCGGCGGGGCUCAUCAUCGGCGGCAAAGACCUGAGCAGCGAGUCUGAGAGGAUCCACCGCACCAACAUCGUGAUCUGCACCCCGGGCCGGCUGCUGCAGCACAUGGACCAGACCCAGGCCUUCCACGCCUCCAGCCUCCACAUGCUGGUCCUGGACGAGGCCGACCGCAUCCUGGACAUGGGCUUUGCUGACACGCUCAACGCCAUCGUGGAGAACCUCCCCAAGACCAGACAGACGCUGCUGUUCUCCGCCACGCAGACCAAGUCGGUCAAAGACUUGGCCCGCCUCAGCCUCAAGGACCCGGAGUACGUGUGGGUCCACGAGAAGGCCAAGUUCAGCACGCCGGCCACCCUGGAGCAGAGCUACGUGGUGGUUCAGCUCCACCAGAAGGUCAACAUGCUCUACUCCUUCAUCAGGAGCCACCUGAAGAAGAAGAUCAUCGUCUUCUUCGCCUGCUGCAAAGAGGUCCAGUACAUGUUCAGGGUCUUCUGCCGCCUCCGACCCGGGAUGCCCAUCUUGGCUCUUCACGGGAAGCAGCAGCAGAUGAAGAGAGUGGAGGUCUACAACGACUUCCUCAGGAAGCAGAACGCCGUGCUCUUCGCCACCGACAUCGCCGCCAGAGGCCUGGACUUCCCCAACAUCAACUGGGUCCUUCAGUUCGACUGUCCCGAGGACGCAGACACCUACAUCCACCGGGUCGGACGCACCGCCAGGUACAAGGAGGGAGGAGAGGCUCUGCUGCUGCUGCUCCCCUCAGAGGAGCAGGGCAUGCUGGGCCAGCUGCAGGACAAGAAGGUCCCCAUCAACAAGAUCCAGGUGAACCCAGAGAAGCUGCAGGAUGUGGGUCAGAAGCUGGAGGCCUUCCUGGCGCAGGAGAAGCAGCAGAAGGAGAGAGCUCAGAGGUGUUUCGUGUCCUACCUGCGCUCCGUCUACCUGAUGAAGAACAAAGACGUGUUCGACGUCUUUAAGCUCCAGAUUGAGGAGUACGCCGCUUCUCUGGGCCUCGCCGUGGCUCCCAGGGUCCGUUUCUUAAGUAAAGCUUUUGCACAAAAAGCUGAGAACAAAAGACAGGGAGAGGAGGAGGAGGAGGAGUCUGAGGAGGAGGAGGAGCUGAGCAGCUUUAAGGCCCAGCUGAAAGGAAACAUCUCUAAAGACAAAAGUCAGAGCUCAGAUUCAGAGGAUGAUGAUGAGAGUGAUAAUGAUCCCAAGAUCCGACUGUUGGGUGCAGAUGACAACAAGGACGACUAUGAUCUGAGAGACUUGGACCUGCUGACGGUGAAGAGGAAGGACGUCUUUAAUCUGACGGGAGAGGAGGAGGAGCAGGAGGAGGAACCAGCUCAGAGCUCCAGAAAGAAAACGGAGAGAGAAACAAAGUUCAAAGAAGCCAAAAAAGCCCUCAAGAGAAACUUCCAAGUCAACACCAAAGUGGCGUUCAGCGAAGAAGGAAAGGCGGUGCAGCUGUGGCCUCCGGUCCAGAGGGCGGCGACGGGAGACCAGGAGGAGGAGGAGGAGGAGGAGGAGGUGUCAGGGAUCGACCUGGAGAAGGCCAGGGAGAGGCUGAAACGGGAGGACCAGGAGUUCGACAAGCAGGAGUACAGCCGCAAGGUGAAGGCCAAACACAGAGAGAAGAGGCUGAAGGCCAAGGCAGCCAGGAGGGAGGCCAGCAAGCAGGCGGGACACAAAUCUGAGGAAGAGGAGGACGAAGAGGACGAGGUGGUGGCAUACCUCGCCAAUCACAGCGAAGACGAGUUUGACCCCAGCACCCUGCCAGAUCCUGACAAACUGCACUCUGAGGAAGACGAGGAGGAGGAGACAACGUACGGCAAACGGCAGCACAGCAGUGAUGAAGAAGAGGAAGAGGAGGAGCGCCCAGUGGGGAAGAGGAAGAGAGCGAGGCAGCAGGAUGAGGAGCACACGCUGCUGGACACGGGUCUGUCUCUGGCUCAGGAUGAGGAGUUAGUGUUACACCUGCUGGGAGGACACAAGUAGAGACACAGAGACUAGAGUCUGUUAAUCUAGUCAGUGUUCAGUUAAAGGAGAAUAGUACAUGUACAGGAACAUCUCAAAAAACUAGAAUAUUGUGAAAAAGUUCAAUAGUUUUUGUCAGUUAUUUCGGAAAGUGAAACUUGUAUAUUAUAUAGUUUCAUUACACAUAUAUUUAAAUAUUUUGAGCCUGUAUUUCUUGUAAUUUUGAUUAUUGUGGCAGAUAAUGAAAACACAAAACUCAUAAGCAUUUAUAAAACCAACAAUAAAUGACCCUGAUGCUGUUUUUACAGUUGUACGUUUUUGUACAGUGCCUGUUUCAUUCCCAUUACUGCAGCUUGUGAAGUUUAACAGUGUGAUUUCACAAAACAGUUUAUGUACUAAUUAUUAUUAUUAUUAUUAUUAUUAUUAUUAUUAUUAUCAUUAAUAAUAACUCAUAUUGAUUCAGACGCUCUGUGGAGUAUUCUUGUAAACAAAGAGAUGUUUACGUUGAUUGUUACUCCUCCAAAUGUGAUCAUUUGAGCCAAAUGGCUUUUCAGCACAGGAGAUUUGAUAUCAGUUUAAUUUUCAUACUUUUGGAUGUUUGAAUCUGCAGUCGAGUGUCAAAGAGCUGGGUGGGUUUUCUUUUUCUCCCUUAAAGUUCUUGUGUGCCGGCUCAUAAUCUUCUUCAGAGGGACUUGAGGUCCUGUAAUUACUAUUA